UCGGAAGAUGUUUAUUAUUAAGUCUGCAGAGCGCCCUUAUGGCAGACGGUCUAUUUUUACGCCGCUUACCUUCUUGUCGUGUGUCUAUAUAUUUGAUACCUCUUCUGUGUGUCUUGCCCUUUGAAUUCUUCAAGAGCUCAUGCUCCUGACAUAACGCAUAGGAUGCUGUCUCUCCAGACCCUCGCCUUUGUCCUCGUUCUGCUCCUGUCGACCUAUCUUACUGUACUCUGCUCUACCCCGCCAAAUCCCACCCCAGCCCGUGUCUGGAAAAAGGACGCGCUGGGGUAUUACGCCAGCUCUAGCGCAGCUAAUAUUCGCCGCAUUCUUAUCACCGGAUUUACUAUCUUCCACGUUGCCCUCAUACUUGCCUUGCCUGGCGCCGAAGCUAUCUGUCCGCAUCUUGCCAAUUUGAAUGCUCUGCUUUUCAAGUGGAGUACGUACACCUUAACUUGCUUCCUCUUGAUUAUCUGUAUUGGAGCUCCUCUACGGUUCAUGUCCUUCCAGAGACUGGGCAAGAACUUCACUUUCAACCUCGCACAGCCUGACCGGCUCACCACGACGGGCAUCUAUCGUUAUGUGCAGCAUCCAAGCUACACGGGACAAGUGGUCGUUCUGGGGACGAACUCGGUACUGUUCCUGCGAUGGGACGGCGUACUGGCCUGCUGGAUCCCGGAGACCGUGUCGGCAACCCUAAACGGAUGGGGCUACAUGGCCUUCAGUCUGGCCUUUCUACUGAUGGCAUGGAAGUUGGCUCAGCGCGUUAAAGAUGAGGAGACAAUUUUAAGAGAGACAUUUGGCCAUGAGUGGGAGAAGUGGCAUCAUUCGGCUAAACGGUUCAUACCUGGUGUCUUCUGAGAUCCAUUCCGUAUCUCUGUGGACACUGGAUAGCAGCUGGCCUUACAAGCCAGAAGCCCAAAUCCUUUUUAGGUCGAGGAGGCUCUAUACGGGUAAUUGGGAUGCCGUUAUGGCGGUCGAGUUGUUUUACGGCUGCGCGGGACGCUACAUCCUUAUUAUCCGUCCCAUUUUCAGUAAAAGAGGA